AUGAUUCCCCAGAGAUUACAGAAGAAGAGGAAGCAAGUCCAUCUAGCCAAGACCAAGAAGACACAUCAUGCAGAGACAUUGUCUCCUUUAAGAAUUACCAGCUACAUCUUCAAGAGACCGGUGACAAAAAUAACAUCACAUCUUGGCAAUGAGGUCAGGUACCACAAAGAAAAGGAACUCACCUUGAAGAAGCCCCAGCAGCCGUCUGCGUACAAAAGGCUGUUGGCCCUCUGCAGAGAAAUCACAGAAGAAAAUAUCCACAGGCAGACUCUGAGAGUAAUACAAGCAAGGGAGAGAUUGGCCAGGGCCCUGAAGGAAGACAGGCUCGCCACAGAAGCAGAGAGAGCUGGUGGAGAGGAGGGAUGUUCUGAGAACUCCGCAGAGGGUUAG